GGCUCUCCAGGGCGCACCAUGGCGCUGCUCGUGCGCCUCAAGGCGGUGACCGGGCUGCGGGGCAAGGGGGACCGGCUCGCCAAGGCGGCGUUCAGAGGUCACUCCUUCUACACCCGAGUACUUGAAAACUGCGAGGAUGAGGCCAGGUUUGAUGAGACCUUCCGGUGGCCGAUCGCCAGCAGUAUCGAUGGCAAUGAGAUGCUGGAGAUCCAGGUGUUCAACUACAGCAAAGUCUUCACCAACAGACUCAUCGGCACGUUCCGGAUGGUGCUGCAGAAGGUGGUGGAGGAAGGCCAGCUGGAGGUGACGGACACGUUAAUAGACGACAAUAACUCUGCCAUUCAGACCAGUGUCUCCAUAGAGAUCAGGUACCAGGCCAUGGAUGGCACCGUGGGUACCUGGAAUGAUGGGGAAUUUCUGGAGACUCCUAACUCCCGGUCGGAGGGUGAAGGCCCCUUGGAGACAGAAAGCCUGCUCCCCGGGCACUGGCAGGGCUCUGCGGUGUCUUCUGGCAAGUCCAACCCCGGCCUGAAACCGGCAGAGAGGAACUUCAGGAGCAAAGGCAAAGAGAAGAUGAAAAGGGGCAAAGACGGCGAGCACAAAGCUGGGAAAGGAGUCUUUUCAGCCAUGAAGCUGGGCAAGAUACGGCCCCCAAAGGAGGACCCUCACCGAAAGCAAGAUGAACCUGCCAUUCUGGAGACAGAAGACCUGGACUGGAAAGCCAUGCGACUCGGAGGAGGCCUCGACCCAGACACCAUUUCUCUGGCUUCGGUCACAGCUGUUACCACCAAUGUGUCGAAUAAGAGGUCAAAGCCUGACAUUAAAAUGGAGCCCAGUGCUGGCCGGCCAAUGGAUUACCAAGUGAGCAUCACAGUCAUUGAGGCCCGGCAGCUAGUAGGCCUGAACAUGGACCCCGUGGUGUGCGUGGAGGUGGGGGAAGAGAAGAAAUACACAUCCAUGAAGGAGUCAACCAACUGCCCCUACUACAACGAGUACUUCGUCUUUGAUUUCCACGUGCCCUUGGACGUCAUGUUCGACAAAAUCAUCAAACUGUCGGUCAUCCACUCUAAGAACCUCUUGCGCAGUGGGACCUUGGUGGGCUCCUUCAAAAUGGAUGUUGGGACUGUUUACACGCAGCCUGAGCACCAGUUCUACCACAAAUGGGCCAUCCUAUCCGACCCCGAGGACAUCACGGCUGGCUUGAAAGGGUACCUGAAGUGUGACAUCGCUGUGGUGGGGAAAGGGGACAACAUAAAGACACCACACAAAGCCAACGAGACAGAUGAGGACGACAUCGAGGGGAACCUGCUUCUUCCAGAUGGCGUCCCUCCAGAGCGGCAGUGGGCCCGUUUCUACAUCAAGAUUUACCGUGCAGAGGGGCUGCCCCGCAUGAACACCAGCCUUAUGGCCAACGUGAAGAAGGCACUCAUCGGGGAGAACAAGGAUCUGGUGGACCCCUACGUCCAGGUGCUUUUUGCAGGGCAGAAGGGGAAAACGUCAGUGCAGAAAAGCAGCUAUGAGCCCCUGUGGAAUGAGCAGGUCAUUUUCACGGAGAUGUUCCCCCCUCUGUGCAAGCGGCUCAAAGUCCAGAUCCGGGACUCGGACAAGGUCAACGACAUGGCCAUCGGCACCCACUUCAUCGACCUGCGCAAGAUCUCCAACGAAGGGGAUAAAGGCUUCCUGCCCACCUUUGGCCCAGCCUGGGUGAACAUGUAUGGCUCCACCCGGAACUACACCCUGAUGGACGAGCACCAGGACCUGAACGAAGGCCUGGGUGAGGGGGUCUCCUUCCGCGCCCGGCUCCUCCUCAGCCUCGCUGUGGAGAUCCUGGACACCAGCGACCCGGAGAUCACCAGCUCCACCGAGGUGCAAGUGGAGCAGACCAUGCCAGUCACAGAAAACUGCACUGGCAAAAUGGAAGAGUUCUUUCUCUUUGGAGCCUUCUUGGAAGCAACCAUGAUUGACAGGAAGAUUGGGGACAAACCCAUCAACUUUGAGGUCACAAUAGGCAACUACGGGAACCAGAUCGACGGCACGACCAAGCCCAGCCUGAAGAAGAAGAAGGAGGGCGGGGACGGCGAGCAGGAGGACUCUGAGCUGCUUCAGCACUCCAGCGAGGAUGAAGCCGAUGACAACGGGGAGCUGGUCUCCGUCUCCUCGACUCAGCCAAUGAAGCCCCUGAUCACUGACAGGAACUACUUCCACUUGCCUUACUUUGAGAAGAAGCCCUGCAUCUACAUCAAGAGCUGGUGGCAGGACCAGAGGCGGAGGCUCUACAACGCCAACAUCAUGGACAAGAUUGCGGACAAGCUGGACGAGGGGCUCAACGAUGUGCAGGAGAUGAUCAAGACCGAGAAGCCGCACCCUGAGCGCCGGCUCCGAGGGGUCCUGGAGGAGCUGAGCAGCGGAUGCUUCCGCUUUGUGACCCUCACCAACAAAGACCAGAGCCUCUCUGCCCGGACCCGACUGGACCGAGAGCGGCUCAAAUCCUGCAUGCGGGAGCUGGAGAGUAUGGGCCAGCAAGCCAAGAUCCUGCGGUCGCAGGUGAAGAAAAACACGAUGCGGGACAAGCUGAAACUGGUGCAGAACUUCCUGCAGAAGCUCCGCUUCCUGGCAGACGAGCCACAGCACAGCAUCCCCGACAUCUUCAUCUGGAUGAUGAGCAACGGCAAGCGCAUUGCCUAUGCCCGCAUCCCUUCCAAGGACAUCCUGUACUCCAUCGUGGACGAGGAGACCGGCAAGGACUGCGCGAAAGUGAAGACAGUCUUCCUGAGGCUGCCCGGGAAGAGGGGCUUCGGGCCGGCCGGCUGGACGGUGCAGGCCAAGAUGGAGAUCUACCUGUGGCUGGGCCUCACCAAGCAGCGCAAGGACUUCCUGAGCGGCCUGCCCUGCGGCUUCGAGGAGAAGAAAGCCAGCCAGGGCCUCGGCCUCCAGGCCUUCCCGCCCAUCAGCCUCCUCUACACGAAGAAGCAGGUGUUCCAGCUCCGAGCCCACAUGUACCAGGCCAGGAGCUUGUUCGCCGCCGACAGCAGCGGCCUCUCCGACCCCUUUGCCCGGGUUUUCUUCAUCACCCAGGGCCAGUGCACGGAGGUGCUCAACGAGACGCUGUGCCCGACCUGGGACCAGCUGCUGGUCUUCGACAACGUGGAGCUCUACGGGGAAGCCCACGAGAUGCGGGACGACCCCCCCAUUAUCGUCAUUGAGAUCUACGACCAGGACACGGUGGGCAAGGCGGACUUCAUGGGCCGCACCUUUGCCAAGCCGGUGGUGAAGAUGUCGGAUGAGGACUACGGCCCCCCGCGCUUCCCGCCCCAGCUGGAGUACUACCAGAUCUACCGGGGCAACUCCACAGCCGGGGACCUGCUGGCGGCCUUCGAGCUGCUCCAGAUCGGCCCGGCUGGCAAGUCGGACCUGCCUCCGAUCGAUGGGCCGACGGACAUGGAGCAGGGUCCCAUCCUGCCAGUGCCCCUGGGGAUCCGACCUGUGCUGAGUAAAUACAGAGUGGAGAUCCUGUUCUGGGGCCUGCGGGACCUGAAGCGGGUGAACCUGGCCCAGGUGGACCGGCCCCGGGUGGACAUCGAGUGCGCCGGCAAGGGCGUCCAGUCGGCCCUGAUCCAGAACUACAAGAAAAACCCCAACUUCAGCACCCUGGUCAAGUGGUUUGAAGUGGACCUCCCGGAGAACGAGCUGCUCCACCCACCCCUGAACAUCCGGGUGGUGGACUGCCGGGCCUUUGGCCGGUACACACUGGUGGGCUCCCACGCCGUCAGCUCCCUGCGGAGGUUCAUCCACCGGCCCCCGGACAAGAAAUCCCAGCACUGGAACACUGCAGGUGAAAUUGUCAUCAACAUGGAACCGGAGGUGCCCAUCAAGAAGAUGGAGACCAUGGUGAAGCUGGAGGCUAACUCGGAUGCAGUGGUGAAGGUUGAUGUGUCAGAAGAGGAGAAGGAAAAGAAAAAGAAGAAGAAGAAAGGAGGGGGAGAGGAGAUCGAGGAGGAGGAGCCAGACGAAAGCAUGCUGGACUGGUGGUCCAAGUACUUUGCUUCCAUUGAGACUAUGAAGGAGCAACUCCGGCAGCAGGAAGCAGCUGCAGCAGAAGCCGAGGAGAAGGAGGAACUGGAGAUUGCAGAGGGCUCCAAGGGCCAGGCAAAGACCAAGGAGAAAGUCAAGGCGCCCAAAGAGGACAAGAAGAAGAAGCAGCAACAGCCACCUGAGGCCCCUGAGAAGAAGAGCAAACAGAAGAUUGACGAACUGAAGGUCUACAACAAAGAACUGGAAAUGGAGUUCGACAGCUUUGCAGACUGGCUGCACACGUUCAGCCUCUUCCGGGGCAAGAUCGGGGACAACGACGACACCACGACGGAGGAAGAGCGGACAGUGGGCCGGUUCAAGGGUUCCAUGUGUGUUUACAAAGUGCCGCUUCCCGACGACAUCACCAAGGAGGCAGGAUACGACCCCAACUUCGGCAUGUUCCAGGGGAUUCCAAGCAAUGACCCCAUCAACGUGCUGGUCCGAGUGUACAUCGUGAGGGCCACCGACCUGCACCCAGCCGACAUCAAUGGGAAAGCCGAUCCCUAUAUCGCCAUCAAGCUGGGCAAGACAGACAUCAAAGACAAGGAGAACUACAUCUCCAAGCAGCUCAACCCUAUCUUCGGGAAGUCGUUCGAUAUUGAGGCCACCUUCCCCAUGGAGUCCAUGCUGAUGGUGGCCGUGUACGACUGGGACCUGGUGGGUUCUGACGACCUGAUCGGGGAGACCAAGAUCGACCUGGAGAACAGAUACUACAGCAAGCACCGGGCCACCUGCGGCAUCUCACAGACCUACUCCACCCACGGCUACAACACGUGGCGGGACCCCGGGAAGCCCACGCAGAUUCUCGCCAAGCUGUGCAGAGAGGGCAAAGUGGAUGGGCCCCACUACGGCCCCGGAGGGCGGGUGAAAGUCGCCAACCGGGUCUUCACCGGCCCCAGGGAGAUGGAGGAUGAAAACGGUCAGAAGAAGCAGACGGAUGAACACCUGGCCCUGGCGGUGCUGCGCCACUGGGAGGAGAUCCCUCGGGUGGGCUGCAAGCUCGUCCCGGAGCAUGUGGAGACGCGGCCGCUGCUGAAUCCCGACAAGCCCGGCAUCGAACAGGGCCGGCUGGAGAUGUGGGUGGACAUGUUCCCCAUGGAUAUGCCGGCACCUGGCCCUGCCAUCGACAUCUCUCCCAGGAAGCCGAAGAGAUAUGAGCUUAGAGUGAUAGUGUGGAACACAGAUGAGGUAAUCCUGGAGGACGAUGAUUUCUUCACUGGGGAGAAAUCCAGUGACAUUUUUGUCAGGGGGUGGCUGAAGGGCCAGCAAGAGGACAAGCAGGACACGGACGUGCACUACCACUCGCUCACGGGUGAGGGCAACUUCAACUGGCGCUACAUCUUCCCCUUCGACUACCUGAUGGCGGAGGAGAAGAUCGUCAUCUCCAAGAAGGAGUCCAUGUUCUCCUGGGACGAGACUGAGUACAAGAUCCCGGCUCGCCUCACCCUGCAAGUCUGGGACGCCGACCACUUCUCUGCUGAUGACUUCCUGGGGGCCAUCGAGCUGGACCUGAACCGCUUCCCACGCGGGGCCAAGACGGCGAAGCAGUGCAGCAUGGACAUGGUGACCAAUGAGGGAGACCUGCCCCUGGUCUCCAUCUUCAAGCAGAAGAGGGUGAAGGGCUGGUGGCCGUUUGUGGCCAGGAAUGAGAACGACGAGCUGGAGCUCACGGGCAAGGUGGAGGCUGAGCUGCACCUGCUGACAGCAGAGGAGGCGGAGAAAUCCCCCGCAGGGCUGGCCCGCAAUGAGCCCGACCCACUGGAGAAACCCAAUCGCCCCGACACCUCCUUCAUCUGGUUCCUCAACCCACUCAAGUCCAUCAAGUACCUCAUCUGUACCCGCUACAAGUGGCUCAUCAUUAAGAUCGUGCUGGCGCUGCUGCUCCUCAUCAUGGUGGGACUUUUCCUCUACUCCAUGCCUGGCUACAUGGUCAAGAAGCUGUUGGGAGCGUGAGGCCGCCCGGGGCCGGGGCCACGUACCCGCUCGCCAUGCGCAGCGGCCCGGCUGGGG